UGUGUGCGCCAAUUUGAGCUUCCGGCUGUCAGAAUGUAGAGUUUAUAAUGCGUGAUAUGUAAAGCACAUCGUCAGAAAAGAAGCCGUAGCCAUAUGACACGGUCCUACAUAAUUUUCUUAUAUACGUAUUAUUGCUAACAUUCACGAAUAAUGCUUGUACAUAUUGCCGGCGAUAUAUGUGCAUAUCUGUGGCGAUAGAAAAUCUUGAUCCAAAAAAUAAGUGGAAACUCUGACAUGACCGUCAAUGCACGAGGAAUUUCGGUCAGUUUAGUAAUUUCUCUGGAGACACUUCACUGAUGGUACACGUUUGAUUAUACAGCAUAUCACUAUCGGCUGCGGGACAAUCAGGCUGCCGUCAAUGUACGCCAUGCGCAUCGUGUGUUCUUAGGCAAGUUAUAGUAAACAGUUUAAUCUUGAUCGCCUCCAGUGCUGGUGUGAUUUUGCUUCGACACCCUUUUUGGUGAUCAGUUGUUACAUAUGCGAUGCGCUCAAUGUUCCUGAAUGUGCGAAAUGCCGGAUAUGAACGUAUGUACGUUUUUCCUCAUUGUGGACAUAUUAAGCAGGUGCAGUGAGAUCCCGUUUUUCCUUAGGUUCUUCUAUUAAAGAGACUUAAGACAUUCCUCAGCGAAAAUUCUGGUCUUGCCGCCAUAUGGAGCAUUCGGCAGCCUCCAGCUCGUCGUCAGUACUUCCUCCAGAGCCGUGGUUAUUUGGUACCCAGACCGCCUGCAAGGCCUUUCUGGAGAAAGUAAACCAGUACUUAGGCGAAGCCGGAUGGUGCAAGGGUACAACCGAUGGAUUUCUGUGCUGGCCUGCAGCCCCUCCUGGCGAAACCAUUGUUCAGCUAUGCCCACCCGUGCAAGGAGUAAAUCCAUUAAAUUACGCGCGAAAAACAUGCGAUUGGGAUGGGACGUGGGCCGGAAAGAAUAUGGAGAAGGGAACAGAGGGAGCGGAAGGUUAUACGGAUUAUGAACCAUGCAUUUACGAAGAUGUCAUGCGACAAAUAGACGAAUUUUAUGGCAACGGCACGGAUGGUCCUGCCAGAGCAGCCGUACUAACCCAAUCCAGAACCAUUGAGAUAGUUGGAUUUCCACUCUCGCUAAUUUGCGUUAUAAUAUCGCUGCUAAUAUUUCGUUACUUUCGGACAUUAAGAUGCUCGAGGACAACGAUUCAUAUGCAUCUUUUCAUCGCCAUUGCGCUGAUGAAUUUAUGCAAGGUCAUCGAAAUCAGUGAUCAGUUUCAGUCGGGAUAUGUUGGUAAAGCUGUACAAGGCGCGAGUAUCCGAAAGCUGCGCCCAUUGUGUGAAAUUUUGGUGGUUUUAAUCGAAUACGGCAGGACCGCCAUGUUUUUUUGGAUGUUUUUGGAAGGGUUGUAUAUGCAUAACGUUGUGGCCUGGAAAGUAUUCGAAUCCUCGCAACCAAAUUUUAUACUCUACUGUGCAACAGGUUGGGGAAUUCCUGCGCUGUUAACUGCAAUUUGGGCUCCGAUAAUAGAAUUUGUCUGGCUACCGGAUCGAAUUUCGCAGAGAAAUGGCAGUUACGCGGACAAUUGUUGGUUCGACCAUAAUCAUAGUGAAUUUUACUACAUUCUGGAAGUCCCCCGCCUAUUUGUAAUUGCCAUCAACCUGAUUUUCCUUGUCAAUAUAAUCCGGGUGUUGUUAACGAAACUUCGGGAUUCCCGUCAAUCAGAUACGGUGCAAAUAAGGAAAGCCAUAAAGGCCACAAUCGUCUUAGCACCACUACUUGGUAUCACUCAUUUGAUCUGGGCGAUUCCUCCAAAUAAAAAACAGUUUGAGCUAUAUGCCACGUUUUUAUAUGUUUCGCAUUUUUUGCGAGCGUUUGAAGGAUUUUUUGUGGCAUUGGUUUAUUGUUUCAUGAACGGAGAGGUGCAAGCGGCAAUCAAAACCGCUCUCAGGCGGCAUGCUCUUCAGAGGGAAGCGUUGCGUGGAAGCGGUGGAACAGAUCGUCGAAUAAGCGCUUCCGCUUCCUCGCCGUACUUGACCAGGCAAACUAAAGUUCAUCUGGAUAGCACGAUAUUAACGCCGUUAACCGGAAGUCCCACAACUAAUGGGACGUCACGCAACUCCAAAUUAUUCCCUAACAGGCAGAAGAAACCCUCUGCAGAUGCCGACACAGAUUCGCAGGAUGCACUUGACACCGGACUGCUGAAACCACCUAACCAUGCCCAUCCGCCAAAUGGCCAAUUACGAGACGGAACCGGCAAUUGGCAAGACAGUAAAAUCUGACACUUUUUGUAUGAUUGCACGAAAAACAGUCAUGACAGUCAAGCCCUCCGUCCAUGUUUUUGAAUUGUUUUUCGGUACAUUUUUUCUGGAAAAGCAUUUUUGUGAUAGUUUGAUUAGUACGUUUAGGUUGGUUGAUGCCUCACGAGCCUUAAACGCACAAUUUUUGAAAACGCGUUGUUUUACUGUGCUGUCUUAUGCUCACAUUUCUGCAUUAAUGGUGCAGUUUGCUGUAUCUGUACUGUGUACACGAUAGUAAGGCACUCUCUGUUACAAAAUACUGAAAAUUUAAUGAAGUUUUAAUUCUACCGUUGUUUAACGCUAUAGCAUUGUUGCACAUGAUUGAUACGUCCUAGCGGAGAUGCUGC